UUGAAUUCUUGAUGUACAAUAUUUUGAACCAUGUAUACUUUUUACCGGUUUUGACUAGUAACACUAGUAAUAGAGCCGAUAAGAACUAAGACGAUUGUUUGCUAAAUCCACGAAGCAAACCACUCCUAGUAAUUUAGAAUGGGUUCCACCAAAAAAAUUGUACAGAAUGGGUUUCGAUUAUGGACUGUGGCACGACUCUUAUUUGUUUUGAUGCAUUGGCCUGUAAUGUGAGGCGGCCCAGUAAUUUUAUUUUUUAUAAGAGAAGCGGCCCAAAAAUUAGCUGCGGCCCAUGACUAAUCGUUUAAAAUGGGCUUGAAGGAAAACCCUAACCCUAGAAGCCUCCAUCCGUUUUCCCGCGCGUGAUACACACCUGCUGGCACCAAGAAAAACGCGGAGGAAAAACUAGUAUUCAAGCGCCGCAGCCGCACUGGCUCCUCCAAAAAUACAUAUUCUCCCACCUCCACCGUCCGAUCUCAUUCCAGCUCAUCGAUCCGCGUCGUCCCAGGUUUCGACGGCCUGGAUCGGAGCUGCAGAGCUACUGGUUCAACACACGAAGCAGCUCGUCUCUGUUCCUCCCCCCUCCCCCAUCCUCUUCGCUGUGCUCCCCAAAAAAAUUUCUGAUUUCAAUAAUUAUUAUUUUCCUGGAAAAGAGAUUUGAAAAUUUCAUUGGCUUCCGUUAGAUUUUCCCGAUCUGUUCGCUGGGGCGGAGAGGCAACAUGAAAAUCACGGAGCUGGAAGGGAAGGAUUUGAAGGAGGAGGUUAUUGCAAUUUCAACCGACGACGACGAGGACGACAGCGACACGGAGGAAGGGGCGGAGGUCGAGGCGCCGGAAGAUGAGGAGGACGUCGACGAUGACGAGGAGGAGGAUGACGACGACGGCGACGACUCCGACGACGAUGAUGACGACGAGGAUGAAGGCGUUGAAGAUGAUGACGACGGUGAGCAGGCCUUGAACGCCGCCGUCGGUCCAGCUGUCGUGUCGGUAGAAGACGAUGACGACGAAGGUGAGAUUGAGAACGAAGAGGAAGCCGAAGGUGGAGAUGACGACGAUGACGACGAUGAGGCCGACGACGACGAGGAGCAGGGAGUGAUCUAUGACGAGAACGAGGACGACGAGGACGAUGUAGAGGAAGGUGUCGAGGAUGACGGAGCCGAGCCCGCGUUGAACUCCUCCGCGGCCCCAGUUGUACAGUCGGUCGACGAUGACGACGAUCUAUUCGGCGAUAACGAGAACGGUGAAGAGGACGUCGAAGAAGGUGAGGAUGACGACGAGGAUGAUGAAGUCGACGACGAAGAUGAUCAGGGAGAGAAAGACGUUGGAGCCGAAUACAUCCUUCGCCGGCGGCCAAAAGAGGAGGAAGACGGGAUUGAUCUGGAACUAGACGAGAACGGAGAGGACGAAGACGACGAUGAGGAAGAAGAGGACUUGGUGGAAGAUGAUGACGAGGAAGAAGCCUCGAGAUCUGCAGCCGCAAAACGGAAAAGAUCGAGCAAGGAUGACUCUGAUGACUCUGAUGAUGCCAGUGAUGGCGGCGAUGAUGGUGAAGAGGACGAGGACGAUCGGCGGCCAUCAAAGCGAUAGGAGGCAGAAUUGUGUUUUUUUCCUGGUGUUCUAUGGAGGAGGGGGAUCACCCAGAAAUUUAACUCUCACAGGUCAAAUCUCUUUUGUCCCUUAUCUCUCCAUGAAAAAACAAAGGAAGAAAAAGAACCCAGUAUUUGCUAUGUGGAGGAGGAAAAAAACUGGGGAAAGGAAUAUUAUCAUCAAUCAGAGUGAUCUGUUGAUUAUCAAGUGGGAUGAGUUUGUCUAGGAGCACUUUCUGUUUGGACAGAAGUUUGUUUUAGGUCAGGAGUUUUGGGCUAAAAGACUUGUUUAGAGUAAUGUUUAGGGAAUUUUAGAAAUGGUAUUUUGUAAAAAUUCUAAUGAUGGUUGUCAACCUAAGCCUAUACAUUAUUUUUCUGCUUGGCCUCUUGAAUUGAACGAACAAAAUGGACUUGAUUGCUCAAUGUGGGUUUCGAUUUGGGGGCAAUGUGGUCUGUAUUGGUUUGUGUGUGUGUGGUUGUUGCAGUUCUGAUAUAAUUUGGUGGUCAUUUUGUAACUUCUGCUGUGGAGUCGAGGGAAUGAUGAAUGUGUCAUCACUCAUGAACCCGUGGCUGCCAGUUUACAUUGUUGUAGGCUGAAUUGUGAUAAUGCAGAGCUGGUAAGGGGAGAAAGGGCUCAACAGAGUCUGCUCGAGCCCAUUGGUUGUUUGGUUGGGUUUGGGGUUAUGAAUCACGAUCGCUGCUUUGCCUGUAAACAAUUGAAGGCAAAGUUUAGGGUAAAAAAGCUAGUAGAAGGGCGGCGGCUACGCGCUUUGGGGCUCUUGUCCUUUGCCUGAAGAUGUAUUGGAACAAGGGUCCCGCCAGCACGAUUGAAGGAGUGGUUCAGCUACUCAAAAUGGCAUAAUCGUAAUUUGAAUGAACUACGGUGGUUUCAAGGUUCGGUUGCUUUUUUCUGUAAUUGCCCUUAACUUGGGUGUCAAUCUGUUCAACAGGGUCGAUUCUCCUACGGAAGGAACUCAUCUACUUGCUCUGCAAACUCAUUUUGACCUUGACCUGGCGAUCUUUAAACUGUGGUGUCCACCUAAAUACCCGCCAUAACAAAAGGCUGCGGACAAUUCAACUGAAAACUCCGUGAAAACCAUCAACGAGACUGUUGAUUUCUAUGUGACAAUUAUGAAAUACACUCUCUGGCUGGAUAAUCUGCUGUACCAUUGACUUUUUAUGAUGAAUCAAGAAGUUGCAGAGAAGCAACUACCUGACCUAAUUCGUUGCGUUGUUGGUGGUGACUUGACGUCUUCCUUUGAGAAAAACCAGCUCUCACAUUCAGUAACAGUGACGGUGACGGUGAGUGAUAUUUAUCAAGCAACAGCCACCACCGAUCAUGCUCAAUUCACUUUUGGAAGGAAAUGUAAAUCAUAGUUUUUACAAAUUCAGAUUUUGCCGUGAAAUACUCGGUCCGAAUUCGUGUAAAGAUCUAAACAUGCACGACAAAACUCAGCAGUACAAAUCUAGUUUGGGCCGGAUCUGCAGUAAGGGUAAGUAGCAGAAAGCCCAGUCUACUAAAGCCCAAUUCCAUAG